CCCAACUUCUGUAUCAUGCGCCCAACUCUCAUCAGAGCAGAGACACUCCCUCUUCAAGAAGAAAAAACAGAAUACAGAACAGCUGAACCAGCUCGGUCCUCAGACACGUCUUUAUCAAAACAAGAUGAAAAAGUUCCUGUUGUUGCUUCUCUUCUGUUACGUCUCAUCUCCAGUGAAACACUCAAGUUUUUCUUAACGGCAUCUUCUGGAGUCCCAAACAUGUCGGAGCUUGUGGCUUCUGGACUGGUGGAUGAUCUUCUGUUUUGUUACUGUGACAGCAACAAAAAGUUACUAGAACCCAAACAGGACUGGAUGAAAAAUGUAUUUAAAGACAAUCGUCAGCAGUUGGAGUGGUACACUCUAGAGUGUCUUGAUAUUCUGCCUAACAGAUUCAAACCCUGGAUGGAUCACUUUAAGCAACGCUUCAACCAAACUGGAGGUGUCCACAUUCUCCAGAUGAUGGAAGGCUGUGAGUGGGACGAUGAGACUGGAGAGGUCAAUAGUUUUUUGCAGAAUGGUUAUAAUGGAGAAGACUUCAUAGCAUUCGACCUGAAGACAUCGACAUGGAUCGCUUCAAAACCACAGGCUGUCAUCACCAAACAGAGUUGGGAUGCUGAGAUAUCUAGAAUAAAAUACUAUGAGAUUCACCUCACUCAGAUUUUUCCUGAAUGGCUGAAGAUGUAUUUGGACUAUGGGAAGAGCUCUCUGCUGAGAAAAGAUCUUCCCUCAGUGUCUCUCCUCCAGAAGUCUCCCUCCUCUCCAGUCAGCUGCCACGCUACAGGUUUCUACCCUGACAGAGCCAUGAUGUUCUGGAGGAAAGAUGGAGAGGAGCUUCAUGAGGACGUGGACCUCGGAGAGAUCCUCCCCAACCACGAUGGAUCCUUCCAGAUGAGUGUUGACCUGGACCUUUCAUCAGUCCCAGCUGAAGACUGGAGGAGGUACGACUGUGUGUUUCAUCUCUCUGGUGUGGAGGACGACAUCGUCACCAAACUGGACAAAGCAGAGAUCAGGACCAACAGAGAGAAUCCUUCAGACAGGACCAUUCCCAUCACUGCUGCAGUGGCUGUUCUUGCUGUCGUCGUCCUCGCCACUGCCACUGGAUUCAUUUUUUACAAAAAGAAGAAAGCCAAUCUCCCUCCACAAUCUCCUGACAACAGCUCUGAGCUCUCUGAGAAACUGAAUCCAGAGACCUGAUUUACAAACACAUCCUGCACUGGUAAAGCAGUAAACUCUUCACAUCUCUAGUUAAACAGUUUGUGUGUGUGAUUAAUAUCCUUUCUGUAUUAUAGGUUUAUAUACUCAAACAUUCAGUUCAUAUACUCACUAUAUAACUAUAUAACUCUAUUUGUCCUUGAUCUAGGUAUGCAUAUGGUUUGGGUCUUAUAGAUAAACUACUGUAACAUGUAUGGAACCAUCCCAAUGAAGUAGGGGUAAAUAAAAUGUCCUCUCUGGUGUUUGACAUCUUGACAGCAACAUCCUGAUUAUUUAGCUUAAUUAAAAGAAAAAUGUUGUGUAAAUAUUCUGAUUAUAUAUUUCUUUUAAAGUGUGGUUUUGGUUUUAAGAAUCUCAGCCAACACUCAGCAUGUCAGAUGUUUUUGAUAUUCUCAUAUUUUGUAUUUUAUUUUAGAAUCAUUAAUGUCAAAUAAAAUUACUCUUACAUU